AUGUCUACUUCUCUUGACGCUCUCAAGGCCUCGGGCACCGUCGUCGUCUCGGACUCGGGUGACUUUGACUCGAUCGCCGCCUACAAGCCCCAGGACGCUACCACCAACCCCUCGCUCAUCCUUGCUGCCGCCAAGCUCCCCCAGUACGCCAAGCUCAUCGACGCUGCCGUUGCCGCCGGCAAGGCCACUGGCGGUGACAUCGAGGCCCAGACCGACGCUGCCACUGACCGCCUCCUUGUCGAGUUCGGCAAGGCCAUCCUCGAGAUUGUCCCCGGCCGUGUCUCGACCGAGGUUGACGCCGUCUACUCGUUCGACACUGAGGCUACCCUUGCUAAGGCCCGCCAGCUCAUUGCCCUCUACGCCGCCGUCGGUGUCCCCAAGGAGCGCGUUCUCAUCAAGAUCGCCUCCACCUGGGAGGGUAUCCAGGCUGCCAAGCAGCUCGAGCUUGAGGGCAUCCACUGCAACCUGACCCUCCUCUUCGGUUUCGGCCAGGCCGUCGCCUGUGCCGAGGCCGGUGUCACCCUCAUCUCGCCCUUCGUCGGCCGUAUCCUCGACUGGUUCAAGAAGACCACCGGCCAGGAGUACACCUCGGAGACUGACCCCGGUGUCAAGUCGGUCCGCAACAUCUACACCUACUACAAGCAGCACGGCUACAAGACCAUUGUCAUGGGUGCCUCGUUCCGCAACACUGGCGAGAUCACCGCUCUUGCCGGCUGCGACUACCUCACCAUCGCCCCCAAGCUCCUCGAGGAGCUCCGCUCGUCGACCGCUGCCGUCCCCGCCAUCCUCUCGCCCGAGCUCGCCACCGCCGCCACCGCCAUCCCCAAGGUUUCGUACAUCAACGACGAGGCCAAGUUCCGCUGGGCCCUCUUCGAGGACCAGAUGGCCUUUGACAAGCUCCACGAGGGCAUCCGCGGCUUCGCCAAGGACGGCAACACCCUCAAGCAGCUGCUCCGUGAGAAGAUCCAGGCUUAA